AUCUCGAUCGACAGCAAAGAGCGUAAAAAGGCAGCCCGAGCAUGCCCCUCGGCGCCAAGGCAGCGGCGGCGGCCGAGCCCGUGGUCAUCGUCCAGGCUUCCGGCUUCCACCUGGUGAGCUUCCUACUGGGCAUCCUCGCCGCCCUCGCGGCCGUCGCGUGCUACUCGAUCCAGACGGACGCGGACCCGUACAUGUUCGACGCGCCGCUCGGCGAAUGUGUUAGAGACAGCGCGCACCGCAAGAAGAAAGCGUGAUGGUCGGCUACGCCUGCUUCCUGGCGACGGGCUACUCGCUCAACAGCGCGACGAUGGCCAUCGCCAACAAGUGGGCCCUCACGAAGUUUCCCCACUCGGGUACUUUGACUUGUCUGCAAUUUGGCUUUUCCGCGGGCAUGGUGUUGUUGCUCAAGUGCUGUCGGGUCUUGGACGCGGACGCUCUACAACUGACGAAAGUCAAACAGUUCGCGCCCGCGGUCGUCAUGUUCUACAUCUCGAUAGCGUGCAACAUGCGGUUGUUAGCUCGAGCUACUGUAGACACUUUUAUAGUGAUUAGAUCCGUCGCGCCGAUCUUAACCCAAGUCGGCGAGGUGUUUUUGCUGGGCGCCGACUGGCCGAACCGCGACGCUUGGUUAGCCUUGUUAAUAAUAAGCAUGGGCGCUCUCGGAUUCGCGCACAAUAACCUAUCGCAAAUGUCGGACCCGGUCGUGCUGUUCUGGGCGUCGACGUACUUGUUAUGCAUCACGGCGGAUAUGUUGAUCGUCAAGCGCGUCAUCACGGCCAUCAAGCUCAAGCCCUGGGGUUAUGUUUAUUACAACAACCUGCUGGCUUUAUGUGUCUACCCAUUUUGGUCGUUGCUGACGGGCGAGGAAAUCGGACGGACGGACGGUUUGGAUGAUUCUACAGUGAUGGUCGCCGUCGCGACGAGCUGCGUCCUGGGCCUGGGCAUCUCGUUCUUCGGGCUGAACACGCGGCUGGCCCUGUCGGCGACGGCGUUCACGGUGCUCGGCGCGGCCUGCAAGUUCCUCUCGAUAUUCUUAAAUAUGGCGGUGUGGCACCAUCACGCGCCGCAUCCGGCGCUGCCCUGGCUGCUGCUGGCGCUGAGCGGGUCGCUGUUCUACCAGCGGGUGACCUAGGUGUUGCUCGCGGUGUGACUAAUCGCAUCUAUCUUAGGCCUCUAGCGUUUCGCGGGCGCGGAGCACGGCUCGCGCCGUUCGCAAAGACCUCUCAAUCCACAC